GUCAAAAAUAUGUUAGUUCAAUAAUAUAGAUAAUUACCUGCACCAUAAAGAGACUUGCCUUUUAAUUUAAGUUAAGCUCAUUUUGAAUAGAGAAUGAGAUUUUAAUAAUAACAAAUAUAAGCAAGAGUGAUAGAAGAGAGACCUAAUUUUUAAGAGAUGUAAGGAGGUUAACCUCCAAUUAAACCUUGGUUAGGAGAAGAUGUAUAUAUGGUUGCAUUUUUGUUAUCAGUUGAAAACGAUAGAUUAAGAGAAGAGAAUGGAAGGAUUAGUGAAUAUGUAAAUUAGAAUGAAUUAAGAUUUAAAGGAGUUGAUUUAAUUGAAGGAGAAUUAAUUUAAUUGAGAAAUAAAAUAGGAGAUUAUGAGAAAAAGAUUGCUUAAUUAUAAUAUGAGAGUGAAUAAUGGAGAAUCAAAUUUAUUAAUAGAGAAAAAGAAAGUGAAGAUUAACGUUAUUAAAAAGAAUUAUAAAGAAGAAUUUAAAUUGAUAAAGAAAUAAGAGAAUUAACAGCAAGAUUUAUAUCUGAUAGAAAUUAAUUAGAAAAAGAAAAUAGAUAAUUAAGAACUGAAUUAGAUAGUCUUAAACUUUCUAAAAGUAGUGUGGAAGAUAUUAUGAGAUAAGCAGAUCUUGUAUAAAAAGAAAAUCAUAGAUUAAAAUAAGAAUUAGAUAAUCUUAGGUAAAAUAAAUCAAUUAUUAAAAUUAUAGAAAAGGUUUUGAUGAAUUAGAAUAUGUACUUAAAACAGCAGCAGAUUUAGAAGCUGAAAAUACUCAACUUAAACAUUAAAUGGAAAAUUAUUAAGCUUAAUUAUAACAUCAAUCAUAAUAAUAACAAAUCUAACCAAUUCAAAGAGUUGUUGUUAAUUCAACAGAUUUAUGUAAUAAUUAUAACUAAUUAAAUAGAAAACUCAAUCAAUCUAGAAUCAGAAAAUAAGAGAUUAAAAGAUGAAAAUGAUAGAUUAAAAUUAGUUUUAAAUCUAGGUUAAACUUCAAGACCAUAACCUUUUAUGUGA